AUGCGGAAUGCAGAGGACAGUGGCGUAAUGCAGAGUGCAGAGAAUUCCCUUAGGAAUGCUUUUCAGAACUGCUAUUGGUCAAACAAGAAUGAAAACACUCUGAACCUAACGACCCAACCCCCAAAGAAAACAGACCUCCAAAUGAAAAUAGACGCCAUGUUUGACAGGAUUGAAAAACUCAUCCCCAUCGCUCCAUUCACACAUUUUAAUAGAACCACAAGUGGAAAACAUAGCAAAGCAUUUAUAGCCAAUCCAAAGGAACAAUACUGUGUUGGAGAAGAAUUGGUGGUACAGAUUGAUAUGUUUGAUCACUUGGGCAACAGGAAGAGGCACGGGGGGGACUUCAUAAGAGCCAGGCUCUUCUCUUCAGGACUUGGAGCUUCUGUGUCCGGACAACUAGAGGACCUGAAUAAUGGAUCAUACCAUGUUCGCUUUCAUUUAUAUUGGGCAGGUGAUGCCAAAGUCUCCAUUUGGUUGUUCCACCCAAGUGAAGGGGUUGCAGCUCUCUGGAGGGCAAGGCAUGCCAGUCAAGGGGUUCUUGGGUUUGAGGGAAAGUUUGAAAUGUUGGGUAAAAAUGCUAUGACUAAGUGUGCUUUUAAGCUGUAUGAAGAAGAGGGGAAGGAGAUCUGUGAGUACCUAGACCCCUUAUAUGAAGAGGCCUUCUACUGCUUCAAAGCUCCUAACUUCCCUUGCGAAAGUCUGAAUGAAAUGAGAGGCUACGAUCUUCAAAUACCACAUAUCACUCCUGAUGAAAGUAAACUAUUUGAAAGGUCAAACAUUGCUGUUGAUAUCCCUCAGACAUUUGACUCUAUAUCCAUCAAAACCUGUAGAGUUGUAGAAGAAACCCCAAAGCCAAAAUGCCAGACCGGAAUGGGAUCUCCUCUGCCGAGUGGAUAUUUCUACAACAAUAUUUGGCAACCCGUCUACUGCAGCAUGACCACCUACAAUACCGGGGAGGACUUCCUUAAAUGCCUGGAGGGGAAAAAACUCUUCCUUAUAGGAGAUUCAACAUUGCGCCAGUUCAUCAUGCACUUUACAGAAGGCAUCAAAAGUAGGGGUGUGACUUCAAAACGAACGUCUAUAAACUAG